UGUUAAUGGGCGAAUCGGGUCGGGUUUGGAAUUUAUUUCUGGUCGGGAAAUGCUCCGUUAGAUUCUAGCCGAGUUUGAGGAAAUGAGCGGCCGCGGCGGCGGUGGUGGUGGCGCUAACCUGAAUUCGGUGUUCUAUGCGGAGGCUUACCAUCCGAUUCAAGCCGGAAGCAUCGACGGCACCGACGUUCUGCCUCACGACAACGCCGUCUACAGAGCUCUUCUCUGUUAUAAUGCAUCUCUAUAUGAUCCCUUGGGCGAUCCAAAAGUAAUUGGCGACCCUUACUGCACUCUAUUCGUAGCUCGUCUCUCUCAUCAAACCACCGAAGACACUCUCCGCCAGGCUAUGAGCCAAUAUGGGAGGGUAAAGGAUCUGCGGCUUGUCAGACACAUAGUUACAGGUGCCUCGCGUGGUUAUGCGUUUGUGGAGUUUGAAACAGAGAAAGAGAUGCGUCGAGCUUACAAGGAUGCUCAUCAUACUUUUAUCAAUGAUUCUGAAAUCAUAGUUGAUUACAAUAGGCAGCAAUUGAUGCCUGGUUGGAUUCCAAGAAGGCUAGGAGGUGGUCUUGGUGGCAAGAAAGAGUCAGGGCAACUUCGGUUUGGAGGACGAGAAAGACCAUUUCGAGCUCCGCUGAGGCAAAUUCCAUGGGAUGAAUUAAAGAGGCUGGGAAUGCCACUCCCUCCAGAGGGUAAAUACAUGUCGCGCUUUCAGAUCCCUUCGCCGCCAAGAAGGAAGAGAAGCAGGUCUGUAGAUCAAGAUGAGGACUUUGAUGUGCACAAUAGACCGAGAGCAUCCUCCCGGCGGUCAUCAAGCCCCGGAGAAAGGUCUAGUAGAUACAGAAGCCCCGGAGAAAGGUCUAGUAGAUACAGCGAAGAACGCCAUCACAGACAGGAUAGGCGUCCCCUGAGGCAUGAACCGGAGCCAUCUAAUACCGGAGAAAGAAGUCAUGUUGAUAGGGAAGAACACAAUCAUCGGCAGCGGCGCCACCACCGCGACGGGCGGCGCAGUGGUGAUGACAGAUGGACACCCGGUGGAGGAGAUGGUAUGCACAAAGAAUAGGAGACUCUGUAGAAGAUUGAAAUGGAUUUAGUAAGUGAUAGGGGAACCUUGAGCUGCCUUCAUAUACGAGAAAUAUAUAUAUAGUUUUAUGUAUUCUUUUUCUUUAAAUUACCAUACAAAAUUUAUAAAUUUAACUCAAACUCUUGUAUAAUCCAAAAUAUGCGAGACCCUUUUUUCUUUUC